AUCCACCAUGAACCCAUGACCAAAGACCUGUCACCUUCUCCAUCAUCUGCUCGUUGAGACAAUCCAGGAAGAUUGCACAAUUUUCACCUCCCUGUUUACAGUUUAGGUUGAAUGCCUGACUACUAUUCUGACUCGGGCUAAAUUUUCCUUGCCUCUUUCCUCUUGGUUUUCAUCAUUGGCUGAACAGAGGCCGAGGUCAUCUGUCGUGCUGCAUAUUCAUGCUUCAACAUGGGUACUUCGAUGCUACCUAGCAAAUGUCCAGGGUAUAACAUCUACGUUGACGGAUUUCAAGCCUUGCGCCGUCCGGAGGCUCUUCAAGGCUCCAACAUCACCCAUGUCGUGUCAGCGAUCGACUGGAAAUUUCCGCAAGGCUGGGCUCCGCUCCGUGGGUUUCAGCAUCUGCGCAUCCCCCUGGAUGAUGUCUACGAUUCCAACAUCCUGGAAUACUUUCCUCGGAGCAAUGCCUUCAUACAUGAAGGGCUAAAUUAUUGGUCAAGGGCAUCUCCCAACAAUGCUCGUGAAAGCGGAGUGCUUGUCCAUUGUGCAAUGGGCGUCUCUCGCUCCGCCACUAUUGUCGUGGCCUACUUGAUGUGGGUAUCAAGACAACCCCGAUCCAUCCAACAGCCACAGACGACCUCACAAUCUCAUUCCGAGACCUCAACUUCUUCAGGGCCAUCGACGGAUGCAGAUACAGAAGACGCCACGCCCGAAAUGGUAUCCCUUCCGCCUUCACCCCUCACCGUCGAGGCUGCUCUGGCUCUACUCCGUGAAGCACGACCUCAAGUCGAACCCAACUCCGGCUUCAUGAAGCAACUACGGAUGUACGAGGCCAUGGGCUGCCCCACGACACAAGAACAACUCGAAUCACACAAGACCUACCGCCGCUGGAUGAACUCUCGUAACAUCAUGGACGCUCUGAGCUCAAACCGGGCGCCAGAGAUGGCCGACAUUAGCUUUCGGGACGAAGAGGACGACGACGGCGGCGAUGAUCUCAAGCCUGACAUCGGUGAAAAGGUGACUAACCUCUCCUUGGCCAGCACCGACGCUGAGAUUACCGAUCCCGAUAUUUCCAGCUCAUCUGUUCCUGAAGCUGGAUCCCUCCCGCGUGCUGAAGUUGAGCUCAAGUGCCGCAAAUGUCGCCGGCUGAUCGCCAAGUCGAACUUUGUCGUCCCGCACAAACCACCUCCGCAUCGGGACCCAUCGGUCGACAACUCGACAGAGCCGUGCGCUCAUAUUUUCCUCCAUCCUCUGUCAUGGAUGCGCGAGACACUUGCUCAGGGUGGGCUGGACGGACGUCUGUCCUGUCCAAACCCAAAGUGCGGAGCCAAUAUUGGCAAGUUCGCCUGGCAAGGGUUGCGGUGCAGUUGCGGCGGAUGGGUGACUCCCGGCUUCGGUAUCGCUAGGAGCAAAGUCGACGAAGCACGCCCUACCAAGCGAGGAACGGGUGCGGGUGCAGGUAAUACAGCUCGAGGGGGCAAUGCGAUUCGAUUGCCUCCUGGGAUGAGGAAGAUGGGAGGUAAUGGCAACUUGUGAUAUUGCAUUUCACCCCACGAACCUGACCUAGGCCCCCGAAAAGCCAACAGGAGACGGUGCGCAUGCCUGACAUCCUCGGGCAGUCCAAACGUUUUUGAGAUGCUGCAACCUAGACGAUGAACCCACGACGAAAACGAGACACAACUCCGGGAUUGCUUGUCUGCGAGGCGACUCAUUAGGCGUGCUGGCGGCCUGCGUCUCUCAGCAUACUAAUAGGAGCCAUGAGAGACCAAAACCGAAGCGUGCGUCAAGGUGCUGUCGUGCUAGGCGAAGGCCGAGAACCAAAGGCCAUGGGAAUCCAUGAAGCUGCAUUCGAGAUACUCUGCUAGAGAGCGAGAACCGUGCAAUACCACGAGUACACCUUCCGUGAUUCGGAUGACUGGCAGUACUGGAAUUUUACAAAUGCCGUAUGCACUCAGUCGCUCAAGAGCUAGCACGAACAUGUAGGCCGAUGCGACUGAACCACGUUUCGGCAUGCAGAGGAACUGGGGGGCAGACCCAAACAUCAGACUGUGGUCAGCAUCACGUACGCAGCGAUGGAGGAUUGAACGGGGAGAAGAAGUAAGCCUGGUGACGGCAACCGGAAUAUUGUCACUCGCUGCUCACAAUCACCAAUUUGGGGUGCGAAAAGUGAGACGGACACCGGGCAGUUGAGGCGACGCGAUGAAAAAGAAAAGACAGCGAAGAGAGCGAUGGGAUUCUGGUGGUCAGGCUCUUCCUGGCAACAGCCAACGAAACACGAGCUCCGAUGCAUCGGCGUCUUGGCGAGCUGGGGACUCACUUGACGAUAUGACACUUGAGACCGUCCUUUUUUGUGCCAUGCUUGGUAAGCUUCCGAGAGGAUGCAGACACCGACACCGACAAAGGGCUUGGAUAAAUCAAUUCAAAUAAGAUGUGUCACGAACGCAAGCAAAAUCCGUAUGCAUAAAGGUCUGGUGGCGCACCAUCGUGGCUAGCUGAAGCCUUGAGAGGCGGGCUUCUCCCCUCCAGGGAUAUCUAUCGGAUUGCUGCCAUCAAUUGCUGACUUUCAGCCACAAGGCUCGGGUAGGCCUUGUGCCCUAGCUCCAGACUGGUCCGUCUCGCCUGCCGUUGGAGAAUUCAAGAAGCAAUAAUGCCACCAAUUUGGACAGUUGAAUGGGAAUUCUCGUGGCACGACGACUACUGGUAUCGACUGCGAUAUUUCUCCUCUCACAAACCCGCGUGUUUCGCAGUGAGCUCACGUUGUUCUUCUCGACCAUCCCUCAUUGCAGGACGUGUCAUGCAAAUCAUCGGCAGCCCAUCUUGCAGAGGCCGUAUUCCCACAGUCAGCCUGGUGCUCGCUCGCUCCGACCUUCCGCGGCUGGUGGCUCCGAACGGUCGGUGGCAGUUGCUCUCUCGGGUUGGAAAAGCUCGAGAGGACCCAUGGGUGCCCAUGAUAAUCAGAAAAGGCUAGAGCCCGUACUCGCUUUCCGGAUGCUCAGAAGCCGACCGAAGAAGAGCACAACGAAGGAUGUUCGAAUGCAUUAAUUGAUGUCAUAGGCGUUGUUCACCGGCAGCAUUCCUGUGGCCUCGCAUGUAUGGACCCCCCAGUCUUUGCAGUAAGACAAUUAGCCUGCCAAGAGACUCGUCACUCGUGUCUGAUCAGCCACCAAGCCCAGUAGAAUUUCUGCGAACUCUGGAGAAGGACCAAGUAGGAGACGACCUAGGAUGGUUCAUUCUGAGUCUCUUCGGAAGGCUGCGACGGUUGACGGUAAGCCUUACGCGUAUGUCAAUGCUUGUUUGGAUUCCGCGGUCAGCCUGAUGGGGCUCGACAAAAUCAUCAUCACUUGAUUGUUUCAGCCUUGUAAGGCGCACUGGUAGUUCCCAGGAGGUACGACCUCAGACGAUCCAUGGAGGAAAUCAAAAGUCGGUUCCAGGUGGGAAAGAGUGCGGCGAUACGAGUACAGCUCCGCAUACAGUAACAAGAGCGAAUCCGAUAAGGGCGUAAGAGUCGGUAAAAGUCAGAACAGUCGCUAAAGCAGUCUCAAUCCUUCGACGCUGACAUGUCUCGAGACUGCGGGUGGUAGUUGGCCCCCAGGUCUGCAGUUCCCCUUUCCUUAUCAGGAAAAUUAACUAACUUUGAACGGUCGAAGGAUGCGCUUGCAUCACGAAAUUGACGACUUCAAGCUGUAUGUUGACUAGACUCCGCUCGGUGACUCCGAGACUUAGUGAAGCAAUAGCGUUUCAUCCUUUCGUCUGACCAGCAGUGGGAAGACAAGUUCAAGAUACGUCAAGGAUGGAUGAAAAAGGCGCAUGACCUGGAAAAAGUGCUCGGGAUUCCGCCGCCGUCAGAUCGAACUCGUGUCGAUGCUCGCUUAUCUUAACCGCAAACUUAGGC